AUAAUUGGGCAAACAUUGCAUUUAGCUGAGUACAUUUCUACACGAGAUUAAUAUUUCUUCUUGACUUUUAACUGAAAGGAAAAUAGUAAUAGCCAAAGAAAAAUGUUUCGCAUGCCACCACAAAUUGAUCCUGCGGAGGAGAAAAGACGUGUUCAAGCUGAUGUCCGAAACAAUUUUAUCAUGUUCUCAGUAAUAUGCGCAGCUAUACGAUUUGCUCCUUAUUGCAUUGGAAAGGCGAUGUCAAAUCAAGCCUAGCAUUUAGAGAAACUAUCGUGGUCAUUUUUUACUAGAGCCGCAACAUUGCUAAUUCCAAUAAAGUAAGAAAGUAUUGCCCUUAAACUCACAUGUAUGUGAAGUUACUAUGUACAUAAGAAUUACAAAUUUGUUGCAUAAAAUAAAUAUUUAAUAAAGACUGUUAAGUUUGAUCUUUAA